UUGACGGCGUCCUCUCGCGAGAUUAGUGAGAGCGGAGCGGAGCUCAUGGCGUGCUUCUUCAGGAGGAGCGUCGCGCAGCAGCUCUCCAGGGCGUGUGGGCUCUCCGAGGAGCUGCUCAUCCCGCUCGUCUCUGCGGUGCCGGUGUCAAAGAAACAGUGUGCUGCUGACCUGCGUGUGUCGGUGAAUCAUCUGCUGCAGAGCGGAGCUGCUAUCGUUGAUGAUGAUGAUGGUGGUGACCUGCAGACCAGAACACAGGUCCUGGCCGCUCAGAUGAAGCGGGAUGCUGUGGUGGAGGAGGUCAUCGCUGGUCGAGGAGUGAUUCACUUCAGGUUAAACAAGCUCACCCUGGCUCAGAAACUCCUGGAGCAUCUGCACUCCGACCCGGACGGCUUCGGUGUGAAGAGCGAUCUUCUGCGUCCUCUGCAGGGAGGAAGGACGCUGGUGGAGUUCAGUUCUCCAAACAUCGCUAAGAAGUUUCACGCCGGACACCUGCGCUCCACUAUAAUCGGAAACUUCAUUUCCAACCUAAAGCAGGCUUUGGGGAAAGAGGUUAUUCGAGUCAAUUAUUUGGGCGACUGGGGAAUGCAGUUUGGUCUGCUGGGCGCAGGCUUCGAGCGCUCUGGCUCUCAGGAGCAGCUGAGGACCCGGCCCCUGGAGCACCUGUUUGAGGUGUAUGUUGAGGUGAACCGCGAGGCGGAGCGUGACGAGAGCGUGCGUUCGGCUGCUGCCGAGUUCUUCAGACGUCUGGAGCGGAGCGAGGACCAGGCCCUGGAGCUCUGGAGCCGGAUCCGGCAGAUCACCGUGGACCAAUACAAACACAUCUAUCAGCGUUUAGGAGUUGACUUUGACCAUUACUCUGGAGAAUCCUGUCAUCACGGUCAAACCCAGCGUGUGCUGGACGAGCUGAGGACCAGAGGACUCUUGAAGACCACCGAGAAGGGUACGGGUGUGGUGGACCUGUCCGGAGCAGGAGACAUGUCGUCCUACGCCACACUGGUGCGCAGUGAUGGGACGUCUCUGUACCUCACCAGGGACGUGGCAGCUGCGCUGGACAGGAAGCAGAGGUUCGGCUUCGAUGAGAUGAUUUAUGUGACAGAUAAGAGUCAGACCAACCACUUCCUGCAGCUCUUCCACAUCCUACGAGCCAUGGGCCACCAGUGGGCAGAGAGGUGUGUUCAUGUGACGUUCGGGCUGGUGCAGGGCAUGAGUACACGCCGUGGGGAGGUGGUGUUUCUGGAGGAUGUGCUGGAGGAGGUGCGCAACAGGAUGCUCGACAACAUGAGGCAGUCCAGCACUUCUAAAGUUCUAGAGGAACCGGAGCAGACUGCAGAGAGGAUCGGGAUCAGUGCUUUAAUCAUACAGGACUUCAAAGGGCCGCUGAUGUCUGACUAUAAGUUUGAUUGGGACAAAGUCCUGCAGGCUCACGGGGACACGGGUGUGUUUCUGCAGUACACACACGCCCGACUCUGCAGUUUGCUGAGGACACAUGUGAGCGAGACACACUCCUGCCCGGACGUCUCUUCUCUGGUGGACAGCAGAAGCGUCUUGCUUCUCCGGCACCUGCUCAGGUAUGAUGAAGUUCUGCUUCAGUCGGUGAAUGAGCUCCAGCCCAGACACCUGGUCACCUUCCUGAUGGCCCUCAGGAAUAUAAUGCGUACAAAGUAGGGUGAACCGUACAGAACAGGCACUGGAAUAAACAUGUCACCUCCAGAAAGAUUCUUCACGUUACUAAACGCCGCGGCAGAAGCCCGAGCCGAGUGUUUUCCUGUGUGUGUUGAUGUAGAUGUGUGUGUUCUCAGUCACCUGGUGGCCUCGGCUCUUCGGGACCUGCCGGUGAAGGGAAGCCCAGCGGCCGUGGCUCAGGUAAACACACUCCACGUCUGAGUAUUAUUACUCUGAGGUCACCCCUCACACGCUCUCUCUGUGUCCUCAGGCCCGACUGAGUCUGUUCAGCGCCGCCCGCUCCGUCCUGGCCAGCGGCAUGAGGAUACUGGGCAUCACGCCGGUGGAGAGCAUGUGAAUUUCUGUUUGUUGAUCUCUAAAUAAAAGUCCUCUUUCUUUGUG